AAAACUUCCUCUCUAUAAGAAACCCCUCUGUUCUUCUUCCUCCCUCCAAAAAGAAUUUAUAUGAGCAAAAAAUCAAAUUACGCCACAAAACGCCGCCUCUCUCUGUCACCACUUGCUCCCAAUUCCCCCCGGACGAAAAUGGAGGCUCUCCGCGUCGCGCCGCCGCAACCGCCGCUACUCAGGCUGCAGGGAGCCGCCGAGUUCCGCGCUCCCAGGGCGCUGGCUGGAGGAGGAGCAAGAAGAGCGUCGUCCAAGCCGCUCAAUGUCUCCGCCUCCCUGUCGAGACCUGCCGCCGAGAUCUCCCCAUUGCCGAUGCCCGCCGUCGGCUCUCGCGACAAUUCGUUGGCGGAGGCGGUGAAGGUGUCUGCUGCUCCGCCGAGGAGGAAGGUAUCUCCGAGUUCGCUGCAGUACCCACCCGGUUACCUCGGGGCGGUGCCCGACCGGAGCGGAGGAGGUGGUGGCGGCGACGAUGUCAUCGGGGCGAUGGGGUAUUUGACCAAUAUACUCUCGUCGAAGGUGUACGACGUGGCGAUUGAGUCUCCAUUGCAGUUCGGGCCUAAGCUCUCGGAGAAGCUGGGCGUCAAGGUCUGGCUCAAGCGGGAAGAUUUGCAGCCGGUGUUUUCAUUCAAGCUGCGUGGUGCGUACAACAUGAUGGCAAAACUUACAAAGGAGCAGUUAGAAAGAGGAGUGAUCUGCUCAUCAGCUGGAAACCAUGCCCAAGGAGUAGCACUAGCUGCAAAAAGACUUGGUUGCAAUGCUAUAAUUGCCAUGCCUGUAACUACCCCUGACAUCAAGUGGCAAUCAGUUGAGAGAUUGGGUGCUACAGUUGUUUUGGUGGGAGACUCUUAUGAUGAGGCACAAAUAUAUGCUAAGCAGAGAGGGCAACAGGAAGGGUUGACCUUUGUACCUCCUUUUGACCACCCGGAUGUGAUUAUGGGACAAGGAACUAUCGGAAUGGAGAUUGUGCGCCAGAUGCAAGGCCCAUUGCGUGCCAUCUUUGUGCCUGUUGGUGGUGGUGGAUUGAUAGCUGGCAUUGCUGCAUAUGUUAAAAGAGUUAAUCCUGAUGUGAAGAUCAUUGGAGUAGAACCAGCUGAUGCAAAUGCUAUGGCUUUGUCGCUGCAUCACAAUGAGAGAGUGAUGUUGGACCAGGUUGGUGGGUUUGCAGAUGGUGUGGCUGUUAAAGAGGUUGGGGAAGAAACUUUUCGGCUAUGCAAGGAGUUGAUAGAUGGCGUGGUUCUAGUAAGCCGCGAUGCUAUCUGUGCUUCGAUUAAGGACAUGUUUGAAGAGAAAAGGAGCAUUUUAGAGCCAGCCGGUGCUCUAGCGCUCGCUGGUGCUGAAGCGUACUGCAAAUACUAUGGCAUAAAGGGAGGAGACAUUGUGGCAAUAACCAGUGGGGCGAACAUGAACUUUGAUAAACUGAGAGUGGUGACUGAGCUUGCCAAUGUUGGCCGAAAAAAGGAAGCUGUGCUUGCAACAGUCUUGCCAGAGGAACCUGGGAGUUUCAAAGAUUUCUGUGAACUGGUGGGUCCUAUCAAUAUAACGGAGUUCAAGUAUAGGAGUAGUUCUGAGAAGGAAGCUGUUGUCCUGUACAGUGUUGGCCUCCAUAUGGUAUCUGAACUUGAAGCGAUGAAGCAGCGGAUGGAAUCUGCUCAGCUAAAAACUUACAAUCUGACAGAAAGCGAUUUGGUUAAAGACCACUUGCGUUAUUUGAUGGGUGGCAGAUCAUCUGUCCGAGACGAGCUUCUCUGUCGAUUCGUCUUCCCAGAAAGACCUGGAGCUCUGAUGAAGUUUCUUGAUGCAUUCAGUCCCCGAUGGAACAUUACCUUGUUCCAUUACAGAGGCCAGGGAGAGACUGGCGCUAACGUGCUGGUGGGAAUCCAAGUCCAGCAUAGGGAGAUGGACGAGUUCUACCUCCGCGCCAAUGAUCUUGGAUACGAUUUCGUUGUUGUAACUGACGACGACAAGUUCCAGCUUCUGAUGCAUUAAGAAGAUGGUAGAGUGGUGAUCGUCUUCGUAAGUUGCUAUGUGAGACAUUCAAAACGUUUUCUUUUUGUUGUAACCUACAGUAGGAUAGUGUUUUCCAAAUGUUGAAUUGUCAUGCUGGAUAAGUAGGUCCGGGUAGUGACUGUUUGGCAUUGGAGCUGUAUAUAUAGAAUAAAUUCCUUAGAAGCAGUGAUCAUGUAAGUUUAUGUUCUGGAUUUAAUAGUAGAACCUUGGAGCUUAAAUUGCAGAAUUCUCCAUGGUUUCACCAAAGAACUUUCUAUUGAGUAAUAUCUUCCUUGACUGUGCUAGCUCUGAUACUGUAGGGGAAGCUGACUUGUUGAACGAUAGCAUGACCUCCAAAAGGGGGAAGAAAGUACUGCAGCAAAUUGAGACUUAUAGGAUACUCUAUUGAAUUUGAUAAAUUUAGCUGUUGAUGGUGCAUACAUUAUUGACCCAAGGAAUAAAGAAUUGCUUAUUUGACUUAUCAAGCUUGUGCUUGUAGCACUGAUGGAACUAUGGAAUCUACGAUAUGAGGGACAAUCCUUGUGAAAGCAGGGAUUGAGCUAGGAUCGUAUUAGCUGCUUCAGAAGGGUGGAAUCCAUCCCAGAACACGUACUCUGUAGCGUUAGAACAUGUACCCAAUGACAUUGAAUUACAGAGAAAUGAAGUCUCUAGGACACCCGUCCCGCAGCAAGCCUUCCUUGCCUCGAAGAACCCUGCCAUAGAUAUUGUUUGUUGAUCAAGUUCAAGAGAGGAUUGUAGAUAUCGAAGACAACAAGUUUAAGCCCCGGGAGUCCUUGUGCAAUGCUCUGAGAAGUUGUGUUCAGCUUUUGGUUGAAGGAGCUAGCAUCCCAGUUCAGCCUCUCAACGCAAUUGUUGCUUCCGUGGCCAAAGAGGGUGAUAGCUGCAGGCAAACACCCUGUUGGUGGCAGAGUUGUCACUCCAAUCCUCCUUGCUCCAAGCCCGUAUAGGUUCUGUUCACAUUACCACUUUUCUCUUUAGUACAAACCAGAUCACCUAGGUUUUCGUAGUAAGCAACAAAAUUUAAAUUGAAUCUUGAAAAGACACCUGAAUGAAGGUAGCAUAAGAUUUCAUGAGCUUGUCAGACCACUGAUCAGGUGUGUAGAGGGUGUUGAGAAUAGGGUCGACAUAGUAGUUCUGAAUGAAAUCACUGGUUCCUGUGCUCAAAAGAUGAAUCCCUUUAGAGAAUGUGUCAGUGGCUUUCUCGAACCCCACCUGACUCUCGACUCUUGCUCUGUAUUCCUUGUAGUUCUCCAGCUGCCUUGUCAAUGAAACUGCUCCCUACAGACCCAGCCACAAUAAGAGAAAGAAGUGUCAAGCUUUUAACUCUUUUACAUCAUCUAAUUAGAAUUUGUAUAGAGUUGAGAAGUUUACAUAUAGGUGGGCUGUUCCAUCAAGCAUGCCAGAGGCACCUGAAGCAAAAUUGGCUCCAGUCAGAGCACUUCCCAAGCUGGCUUCUUGACUUAGAUAGGGAGGAGGGUAUGUGUCAAAACCCAUAUAUUCAGCUGCAUUUCAGAAACAACCAAACCAGAACAACUUUCGUGAAUGGUCAGCUUCCUAUAGCAGAAAACCAAGAAGUAAUCUUAUUUCUACUAUACCAGUUAUGUCUAUGGCCAGCUUCCCAUUGCAGAACCUCCCAGUUGGUCUAUGCUCGGCGAAAUCCCUUCCAUAAGGAGGGAAGUUUGCCCUGAUGAGAGUGAUGAGAUUGUUGUUGUUUCCAACGUCAGCAACCGAAUCCCCGAAGAUGGUAAGUGAUGGAACUAGAGGUUCAGCCACCGCCAUUGAAAAGACCAAAGCUAGAACCAGAAGUGAAGUUCCCCAAACAGCACCCAUUUUUCUCUUUCUUCCGAGUUCCCCUUGACCUCUGUGUGUCUAUGUUUGUUUUUAUCAGAACCCGCUUAUAGUGAAUGAUGAGAAAAAGCAGGCUGGUGGAAGGGCUAUUUAAAGGCCUGUCAAAGUGGGAACAUGCAAUCGGCAAUCCCCUUAAACUGCCAAAGGAAGCCACUUUUGUUUCCUUUUCCAUUCUUCUAUUAUUCAGCAUUUUGCCUAGUUUGGAUGGAAAGUUGAAACCCAGGUCACGGAUUAUACCAGAGGUACCAUUUCUUGGUGUUUGGACUGGACCAAAGUUCUGUUGGUUCUCAGUUGAGCUGAUUACCUCUAUGUUGCAGUAGUCCCCAUUCAAACUAUAUAUUUUAAUAUUCCAUGAGAAAGAUUGAUUCUUUAUUUUGUUCUGUUUCGUUAUUCCAUCAUCUGAAGCAUUGUAACUUGUAAGAGAGGACGGUUAAAGCAGAUGUUGUUUGAAACGGACUUUUGUCAUUAAGCUGAGUGUAGAAUAUUGGGUUCUUUUGGUUUCAGCAUUUCAGGUACUCAACGAAACUCCAUGGGGAAUGCUUUUCUGGUCAGCUAUGGAAGGGUAGUGUUGCCAAAUCUCAUGCUCGAGAAGUCUCUCAGUUUGGUGGCUGUUAGACACCGGGACUUGUAUAAGGUAUGUGUACUGGAUUUCGUUAUGAUACACUUGGAGCUCAGUACUGGCUGAAUUCUCCAUGAUCCACUGAAAGAGCUUCAGUGGCUCAAGUUCUUAUACUGGACAAGACCCUAGGCUGAAAUUCAAGCAUAGCAUGAUUCAUGAAGGCGCCAUGGACUGGAACUUAGGUGGAAGCUGGCCUGUUGAACAUCUCAAGGCCAUAAACUUCUUCCUUGAUAUGUUUGUAACUUGUGAGCCAACAUAUUCCUGCUCUUUCAAGCUUGUUCGCUUGUGACAGCAGUGUAGCAUGAGUUACAGUACAGUUAUUUUGUAGGAGUAAUAUUUUAGAAAGGUUAAUCUCUCUAUAUCGGGUGUACUUGGACUUAAACC